AGACACUUUGGACAACCACGUGCCGGCACUUGGAUCGGAUAAGAACGAAGGCAUUCAUGGAAGACUCUUCCACCUAUGGAUAAUAAUCGAUCCAGCCAUAAUUGAGCACCGUCUUGACGCGCAAAGAUCUCUGUGAUCGAUUAAUUAGGGUUUUUUUUUUUUUUUUCUGGAAAGAUGGUGUUGCAGACAGUCGACAUUCUGAAGAACGAACUUCCAUUUGAGGAGGAAUCGGUACUUCUCUCCGAAGAUGUUGGAGCCGGCCUGGUUCUAGUGGACAUCAUUAAUGGCUUCUGCACCGUGGGAGCCGGGAACCUGGCGCCUAGAGAGCCGAACAGCCAGAUCGCAGAGAUGAUCGGCGAAUCAGCGAGGCUGGCCAAGGGUUUCUGCGACAAGAAAUGGCCCGUUCUGGCGUUUCUCGACUCGCACAGUCCUGGAAAACUGGAACAUCCUUAUCCUCCUCACUGCAUCGUCGGCUCGGAUGAGUCGAAUCUGGUUCCUGCUCUAAGGUGGUUGGAGGAAGAGGACAAUGUAACGAUCAGGCGCAAAGACUGCUACGAUGGAUAUCUGGGUUCCAUGGAGGAGGAUGGUUCCAACGUGUUCGUAGAUUGGGUGAAGGCCAACCAGAUAACAACACUAGUGGUGGUGGGCAUUUGCACGGACAUCUGCGUGCUGGAUUUCAUUUGCUCAACAAUAUCGGCUAGAAACCGCGGUUUUCUGGCCCCUCUGGAGGAAGUAGUCGUCUACUCCCGCGGCUGCGCCACCUUCGACUUUCCGGUAUCCGUUGCAAGCAAUAUCAAAGAUGCCAUAGCUCAUCCUCAGGUGGUUGGCGUGAUGUUGUGUUGGCAGGAGCUGAUGCAUCACGUAGGGCUCUACAUGGCUAAAGGGAGAGGAGCCAAGAUAGCUAGAGAAGUGGCAUUUCAGAAGCCAUGCCUGGCAGGUGCUUGAAGCUUUAAUGGGCAAGUCUUGUGAGCAGUGUAGAAUAGCCGCAGAACAAUAAGAUCAAGAGGGUAUGAUAUGAGUAAUAUGUACCUGUAACAAGUCUCUCAUAAACUAAUGGGAUCUAUUUGCAGAAACAUCUGUGUUCAGAGCUACAGAAUCAGAUGCAUCACACAAGCAAACACAUUCAUCUCU